CAUAACUUAGUUCCUACCGAGCUUAUUUACUUAUUACAAAUUACAUACUACACAAGCUUAUAUAUAGCUUGAAGAUUAGAGAAACUUCUUCUAUCAAUUUCUCCAAGAAAAAAAAAAAUGUUGAUGAAGAAGCUGAGAAUUUCAACACCCUUUUCACAAAGAUUAUUAUUGGGAAGAAGGGAAAUAGUGAUUUCUUCUUCUAAGACCCAAUUCGAUUUUCCAUCAAUUUCUCCAAAAGUAGAGCAAUUUCCUCAAUUUAUACAAUCUAGAAAGCUUAAUUUUCUUAGAAACGAUUUGGGUUUUUCUGGAAGAACCCUUUUUAGCACUGAAGCUGCUAAAAAAAAUUCUUGCUGGAAUUGUUGUAAUGGGGUUUCUUCAAAUACGAUGCCGUUUCUUGUUUGCACUGCUUGUGGCUGUGUGCAACCUGUAGAUCAAUCUGUUGAUUUUUUCCAGAUUUUUGGACUGGAGAAGAAGUAUGAAAUUGAGGGGGAGAAUCUAGAACGAAAGUAUAAAGACUGGCAGAGGAAGCUACAUCCAGACUUGGUUCACACGAAAUCUCAGAAAGAAAGGGAGUAUGCUGCUGAACAAUCUGCUCGUGUCAUUGAUGCGUACCGCACACUAACUGAUCCAUUGUCAAGGGCAAUAUACAUUCUGAAGUUGGAAGGCGUGCAUGUGGAUGAAGAGGAGAAGAUUGAUGAUGUAGAGCUGCUGACUGAGAUGCUGGAAAUCAGAGAAACUGUUGACGAAGCUGAUGACUCACAGGCACUUAAACAAAUUCAGGGGCAGAUACAAGGAAAGUUCGAACAAUCAUCCAUCUCUUUUACAGACGCCUUCCAAAGUAGAAAGUAUGAAGAAGCUCUGGCUGCAAUCCGAAGGAUGACUUACUACAAGCGUGCAAAUGAAGAGAUAGUGAGAAAGCUCUAGUUUAUGGAAACAUGAAGCUGUGGUUUGGGAGUGAAAUGCAACUAGGCACAACCGGACAGACCCGAACCACCAGCAGCGCAUGCACAGAAUACGACAAUCAGUUGAUCUGAUGAAGUUGGGUGUUCGCUUGCUCCGGUGGAUCUAGUCACCUACCAUACUUUCCAACACGACCCCGAAGAUGUACACACUACACACUGUUGAUCCACAAAAUAAUUGCCAAGAAAGUCGAUAGCAGUAUGAAUACAUGAUCUCUCUCACUCAUUGGUGAAUGAUCCUGGUAGAUUUGAUCCUGUAGUUACUAUUUAUAUGAAAUGGUGAAAACAGAAUAAGAAUACAUCGAUUUCGACGAUUCGAAAUGUUGCAUUUGAAUGG